GACUUGUGUUUGUGACUUGUUGUUUGUGUUUACCAGUUUACGCCCACAAUUCCCCGCGCGGGAUUGUCCCCUCCCAACCGCAAACCCAGAACGAGGCUCCGAGCGGAAAGUCUCAACUUCAGAGUUUGGAGCUGUUUUUUUGAACGAUCGGAAGAACGCGACUGUCCCGUGCAAGAAAGCAGCAACUUUCCAAGAAGGUAAAUCUGUAUAAAACUUUUCUCCGUUAGCUUAGGGCUCGGCGGUGCUGUUGAUUCACUCACAGCUGUCGUAGCGAGCGUGGCUGAGUUCGCAGGCGACCCCGGAAGUGUACGGAUCGAUUGUUUACAUUGGAAGUAGACUCUGGCGACCUCGGGGUUUAGUUCAGUUCUCAGGAGUGCGAUCCCGAACUAUCCAUCACCAUCGGGGCAGAUUUUACCUCCGAUUUGGCGUCGUACUUCUUGUUUAAACGCACCCGGCUUCCUACCAGCUUCCUCUGACCGUAUUUCGUCCCGGCCAUGCGUAGAUCGCGCGAUAAUCCGGACCUAAGGCGCGCGUAAAGCCCGGGAGAGUGAGUAGCCGGAGUGAGUGUACGUACGUAGUGGGGCCCGACUUGACAAUGAGUUUUCACACGUGAGCUGGCCGGGACGCGAUGCGGGGCGGCCACUUCCAGCGGCAGGCUCACCAACUCCACACAACUCCCACCGGACACUGCACGAUCGGCAGGGUUUGAUACUCCAGCCUCCAGGAGACCUGGGUACCAGCCUUGAGACUGAUUGGCUGUGCUGAUUGUCUGCUCAGUUCUUAGAGGUUGUCAGCUGGUAUUAGUGCUGCAUUCUGCUCCAGACUUGUUGCCUGCAGGCCAGGACUGCAGCAGGCAGGCAUGGAGAACCCCAGCUUCAUCCCCACCCAGCUCACGACCCCUGCCCUCAUGGUGCUGGCGUCCACCGCCGAGGCGGCCAGAGACACGUCCAGCCUCCCUCCGCAGCAGACGGGCGGCUUCACGCCGCAGGGCACACCUGGGCUGGACAAGGAAGGACACGUGCCUUUCUCCACCGCGUCCUUCUCUCUCCCCACCAUGUACCCUCGCCAGGCAGGGGCAGACGGGUCCUUCCCCAACCGAGAGUUCAUCCCCUCCGUGCUGCAUCUUCACCCGCACUUCGCGGGAACCCACCUGGAGAGGAGCGGGCUCGCCAUGCUGAACUCCACGGGAAGCGGGGCCUUCCGUCCCUUCAGCAUCAGCGAGGACAGGGACGGCAUGUACCAGUCGGCGUUCACGCCGGCCAAGAGACUCAAAAGUAGUCAAGAAAGUGACUUGGUAGCACGAUUUCGGGAGGGCGAGCACGGGAGCUCGCCACGAGAACUGUCGGAGAACCACCGCUCUCCGGCCUCGUUGGUGAAACACGAGCAGGGAGAAGACGGUCUGCACCGAGGAUCUCCCAGCAGCUCGGCCUUCAGCAUCCAUCCCGGGGGCAAGCUGGACCGAGACACCAUCAGCCCUGCGUCUUCAGAAGAGGGUCGUACGUUGAGAACAAGCCUAACCCCUGACGGUCGAUGGCUCGGACUCUCCCCAGGAAAGAGGAAGCCUGUGCUGUUAGACGGGCAGACGCCAUGUUGUCCCGUGUGCGGGGUGACACUGCGACCCGGAGCCGAGAUGAAGGCCCACUUCGAGCAGGAGCUGGAAAAACUGAGCAAGAUUGGGAAGAAUGGGAAGAAGACGAAUAAAGAUGCUGCUUCACAAUCCAAAAAGUUUACCUCUCUGUUCUACCACAGGCCAUGGAAGCUGGCCUCUGUGUUUGAGAGCAUUCCCAGUCCCUCCACCUCGACCUUCCCCUCACCGCCAACACCCUCGGGUAGUCGCGUCAAGACCUCUCCCCCUCCCGACAACCCUACCAUGUGUCGUUAUGAGGUAGGUAUACCCCAGGAAGGCAGAAGAAGUGCUGCAUUCAAGAAUUUCCAGAGAGUGAAGAUGAACAGACAACAAAGAUUGAAUGUCUCUGCCUCCGCAGCCCGGCUAGGGAAGGCCGCCAAGAAGAAGCGUAACCUGGAGGAAGCCACCAGCUCCGACGAGCUCCCAUCAUGCCCCAUCUGCAGCGUGAAGCUGGGGGGAACUCCUGAGGAGAUGAACGGACACGUGGAGGCCUGUCUGAAAAAGAGCCAAAGAGACAGUGAGACAGAGCCUGUAGAUGUGGAAGGGGAGAUUGAGGAGUUUGAGGAGUACACCUGGGCGGGGCAGACUCGUGUCCGUGCAACCUCCAUGCUUCAGGGCCAGUUUGAAGCCCAAGGGUUCCAGGUGGUGCGGAGUAAGAAGGAGAAUGACAGUGAUCAGGACCUGAAUGUGGAUGGGGAUGAUGCAGAGGAGUAUGGGAAACCCCAAUAUCGUGAGAGAGACAUCAUUCCCUGCACCUCCGAUGAACCUGCAGAGAACAAGGAGAGAGAAGCUCUCAGAGAAGCAGUGCUAGGAAGAGAGAAUACCGACGAUGCCUCCCAGCCAGGAGACAGAUCCAGAUGGGCUAAUGAAGAAGGUGAUCCAACCUCAACUAAUGGCCCAACAACAGACUCUGUAGGAGAUACCACUACAGACACAGGGGGCACCAAAUCUAGGGAGCCUGUAGCGUCGACCAGCCGCGGCCCGGUCAGUGAUAAGGUGGUGGAGGCACUGAAGGCCAAGAUCCGGGAACAGGAGCAACUCCUCAGCAAGAAGGACCGCAUCAAGUGUCUCAUUUGCAUGGAGCCCUACACUAUUCCUCUAGUGUCCAUCAACUGCUGGCAUGUACACUGCGAAGAGUGCUGGCUAAGAACUCUGGGUGCAAAGAAACUGUGUCCCCAGUGUAACAUGAUCACAGCAGCAGCAGACUUACGGCGCAUCUACCUCUGACAACCAAAACAUUUACAAAGGAAGAGAAGACUCGAUUCCCUGCUACAGUCCUUCUAAAAUCACCCAGCACAAACAGGAGUGGACAAGAACUCCAGUUCAACUUCAACUGUACUAUUUUUAAUCACGCAAAUGCUGUAAAUUUGAUUGCAACUCACCGGAGGAAGAAAUGACCAAUGCUACAAGGAAAUGCUUCGAGAUCGUUCAAACAAUUCAACCGACAGAAUCAUGGCUUGAUGUCCCCCGCUAUUUGUAUAUCAGUGAAACUGGACAAUCAAAGUUUGGUGCUGGUUUGUUAUUGUGAAGUGGCUGUGGAUGUUGACUGGUAAAAAUUAUUAUGAAUAUUAUAUCAUGUUGCAUCGAAAAAUAUGAGAAAAACAACAACAAUACAUCACAAGCUAUAAUUGUUACACAUUCUUUCAGGCCAAAUUCUCUUCAGGGUUCCAGAGUUGUCAAAGGAUAUAUUAUAUAUAUAUAUGUGUAUGAGCAUGUGUGUGUAUACUGUGUAUAUAAUGUAUGCAGAUGCCUUAAAAAACCUAGUUGAUAGUUUGUUGCCAGUGUAUAAGCCAGUUGUUGUAGGUGUUAGUGAGUGUAGCUGUAGGUGUUAAUGUUUCGUCUUAGGUGUAUCUGCACACCUGCAUAAGCACAAAUAAGGGAAGUGCUGUAAUAUAUGAAAUUGUAACCAUGUACUUCUGAAACCCCCCUUUUCUACAAUGUAGUAAUCUGAACUUUGUGCCACAGCAUGAGAUGUUGGACUGAUCCAUUGUUUAAGGUGGUUGACAAAGAAAUGCUGCCACAGGCAGAUACAAGCUUUGUUUUCAAAUUGUAAUGAAAAGAAGGGUGGAAGGAUGUGGGGAGGUACAUGUAGACGUGUAUGAAAACUUAGUAAUAAAAGUUCAGCACAAGAAUGUGUGACUUAAACCAAGAAACAAUGACAGAAAAAAGAACUGCAUGUGCUGAUGAAUACAAAAAUUGCACUAAUAUUUUCACACGCAUCCUCCUUAAACGCACCCAAAAUCCUGGUCCACAAAUAUAGAUGUACAGAAAAAGGAUUACCCAUUUAAAGGGUCUACAGUUUGACUUGUGUUGUAAAAGCUCUAUACUGUAUAUGAUAAAAAGUCUGGUAAAACAGUUUCUGUUCAAACCCUUUUGGCAGUGUGUGUGGAAUAUGUAAUGUAAGUACAGUGUUAAAAAGUACCACGGUUGCAAGGUUUGUACUUAAUUCUAUCAAGGGCAAAGAAAAGAACUAACUACCAACAUACCCAGGUUAUUGAAUCCUGGAGUAGGUGAAAUAAGUAUUUUUUUCUCUUGUUUGUUACUAUAAUUCAACCGUGGAUGACUGUUUGUUAGAGAUGUGCAAAUGUUAUGUUUAUUUAGUAGUUCAGAUGAAUCAAGUUUCUUACGACUAUGAACACUGAGUUGUUUACAAGUAGUUUGUUUAGCCUUCAUGACUGAAAUUAUCUUGAAGAAAUUAAAACAUUUGUCACUUUAAGUAUUGACAGUCAUGUUUUCAAAUUCAAGGGAAACAUUUUAAAAGCAGCCCACAUUUCAACUUAAUACGUUUUGAGAGAUUGAGUCUAUACUAGUUAAAUGUUUUUGACAAUGCCUAAGGGGUGGAGCCUUUUUUUCUGUAAAUCUAGGAAAGCAUUUAUUUGUGACAUUCAAUAUUUGAAGUGACCGAUGUACUCAAAUCUUUUUGAUCACUCCCUGACAACGUGCACUUCUGCACUGAAGAAAAUGCUGGAAGAAAAAGCCAUGUGCAGGUUAUUUUUGCAAGGAGCUGAUCUUUCUAAACAUCAUACCUUGUUUAUUACAAAGAAAAGAGGUGACAAAAUCAUCAGUACACACUAAUUUGUAGAAAUCACUACAUUUCAUUCUGUGCAAAAAUAGAAUAUUAUAUUUCAUUUUAGUAACUUAACAUGAUGAUAGAAGAUAACUUCACUAUAAAGUUGUGAUUUUACAAAUUCACAAUGUCACAUUUUGACCACCACUGCAAAGUUCCACGUUGAUUGAAAUAUUUACACAUUGGAACUCUUAACCAGUGCAGACAAGAAGCUUCAAUCAAUACAAAUAUAUGGGUCUAGGAUUCAAAUUAUGUUGAAGGAAAAACAGAAAUAUCUAACUUUUCAAGGGAAAAUGAUCCUUGAUACUUGGGCC